CCCACGCUCCUUCCUGCAGACACCUGCUGCUUCUCUCUCUCACGCUCCUUCCUUUGUACGUUACCUGCUGCUUCUUCCUUCGUUCCUCUCUUCUCUGAAAGCUACUUGCUAGUUCUCUUCCCGUUGCCAUUCUCUCCUUCCUUUGUUCCGCCCAUAUCUUGGUACGAUUUCUUCUUCGAAGGAGGAUCCGGGGCCUUUCUCGAUGCUGAGAGUACGUGCAGAGGUUGUGACUGCGGCAGAUCGAAAAGAUUCCGCCAUCGACUUCGCAGUUGAAGGCGAUGAUGUUCUCAGCCGCGAUUUGAUGGAUUUGAGCUUGGGUUCCGAGGAGAAGAAUAAAACUAGUGUUCGGGAGUUGGCUAAUCGUGCGGAUGCAAGUGGUUCCUUCUUUUCGUUUGCUGCUUCUGCACGGGGAAUAAAACAGAAACUAAAGAUAUCUCCAAGGAUGGUUCUUCUGAAUGUUCUCAAAUCUGUUAGCAUUGUGGACCCUGUCUUUACAUCCGUUGAGUUUUCUGGUUCAUUUCAAUGCAUUAUUCAAUUUGAAACUGAUCUGCCCUGUGCUCGGCUACCUCGGAUUAGCAUAUUGUAGAACUCAACUGCCUCUUUGUUCCAAACCCAACCUCCCAUGAAUGCAUAUUGUAGAACUCAACUGCCUCUUCUUCACAAUCAAAUGACAAGCCAACAUAUUCCUGGAAAAUGUACCUUGGGUUCAGCCCAGCUUCUUUUGAUUCACAGUAUUUUCUUAUUGACAUUUCAGCUGCACCCAUCCCUGUUGGUUUGCGGUAAGCUGCACAAUCGACACCGUCCUUGACUCUCCUCCUGUAUUAGAAGCAUGGAUAUAUCAUCAUUUAUGAAUACAAUCUAGUUUUUUUUUCUAAUAUGUAUUGCAAUUCAUUGUUCUGGAAAAACAAAUACUGACCUUUUUUCCAUGGAACUGCAGUGGAGUCGCGAGAUGCCAGAGCCUCAUUAUUAUCUUGGACAGGGCUUGCAAAACAGUUAAUUUGAGCAUCUAAAGCAUCCAUUGUCUUAUUUUUGUUUCCCUCCCCUUUUCUAACCAGUUCACCCGUUGAGUAGAAUAUAUCCCAAUCAACUUGCUGAAGAUCUUCUUCAUUAGCUAUUGGUAAUGUUGACUUGUCUACAACAAUCAAAUCUUCAGGUUCAUCAACUUCCUGAAUAUUUUCUUCUUGGGUAC